AUUAUUCUCCGUUGCCUCAACUUCUGUCCUUGGGCUUACGAAAAAUGUGGCUGUAAGCGCGGCUAGAUGCGGUGUACGAGUCAACUCUGUUUGCCUAGGAAUGGUAGCUGGUGACGGUUCUGGAGCUCUGUGGGACUCGAAGGAACUGGACAAAGCUGUGAAUCAACUGGAGUCAAUGAUACCUCUUGGUCGCUUGGGAAGACCAUCAGAUGCUGCGUCACUCGUACAGUUUCUCCUUUCUUCUAAAGCAAGCCCGAUUGAUCACCAAAUCAUGACUAAUCAAUAGAG